AUGGACGCUGAUGGCAUCCACGCCCGUCAUGGGCACGGCCACGCCCACGGCAACGAUGCCGAGAAGGGCAGCUUCCAGCACAAGGACGCCUACGACACGUCGGAUAUCCGCGGCCUCGAGACGUCGGAGGAUACGUCGUUGCACCGCGGUCUCAAGGCUCGUCACAUCACCAUGAUUGCCAUCGGUGGCGCCCUCGGCACCGGUCUCAUCAUCGGCACCGGCAAGGCCCUCGCCCAGGCCGGCCCCGGCUCGCUCUUCAUCUCGUACACCUUCGUCGGUUCCCUCGUCUUCAUCAUCAUGGCCGGUCUCGGUGAGAUGGCUGCCUGGAUGCCCCUCAGCGCCGGCUUCACCGGUUACGCCUCUCGAUACUGCCACCCCUCUCUCGGAUUUGCCCUCGGAUGGACUUAUUGGUUCAAGUACAUAAUAGUCACGCCAAACCAGCUUACUGCCGCCUCUCUCGUCAUCCAGUAUUGGGUCCCCCGCGAUAAAGUCAAUCCGGGUGUCUUCGUCGCCAUCUUCCUCGUCGCCAUCUUUUGCAUCAACUACUUUGGUGGCAUCAAGUUCUUCGGCGAGUUUGAGUUCUGGCUGUCGUCCUUCAAGGUCGUCGUCGUCGUCGGCAUCAUCCUCUUCGCCCUCAUCAUCGCCGCCGGCGGUGGUCCCAACGGUGACGCCCCUGGCUUCCGCUACUGGAGCAACCCGGGCGCCUUCGCCGAGCUCUACGCCACCGGUCCCCUCGGCAGGUUCAUCGGUUUCUGGUCCGUCAUGGUCAACGCCACCUUUGCCUACCUCGGUACCGAGCUGGUCGGUGUCACGGCCGCCGAGGCCCAGAACCCGCGCCGGUCCAUCCCCAAGGCCAUCAAGCUCACCUUCUUCCGCAUCCUCUUCUUCUACUGCCUCAGCGUCCUUCUCGUCGGCAUGAUCGUCCCCUACAACUCGCCCGAUCUCGCCUUCGCCAACAAGAAGGACACGUCGGCCAACGCGUCGCCCUUCGUCGUUGCCGCCACCCUCGCCGGCGUCAAGGUCCUGCCCCACAUCCUCAACGCCUGCAUCAUCAUCUUCGUCUUCUCCGCCGCCAACUCGGACUUGUACAUUGCCAGCCGUACACUCUACGGUCUUGCCAGCGACCGCGCCGCCCCGGCCAUCUUCCGCCGCACCGACAAGCGCGGUGUUCCCUACCCGGCCCUCAUCGUCUGCACCGCCAUUGCCUGCCUCGCCUUCAUGGUGGUGUCCAACGACUCGAAGAAGGUGUUCGGCUACUUCGUCAACCUGACGACCAUCUUCGGCAUCCUCACCUGGAUCUCCCUCCUCGUCACCUACAUCCACUUCCUCAAGGGACGCCGGGCCCAGAACAUCCCCGACAGCGCCAUGCCCUACGUCGCCCCCCAGGGCCUCAUCGGCACCUACGUCGCCCUCUUCUUCUGCUGCCUCAUUGCCCUGACCAAGAACUUCAACGUCUUCAUCCACCACGGCGACGUUGAGUUCGACUACAAGGAGUUCCUCACGGGCUACCUCGGCAUCCCCAUCUACCUCGCCCUCAUCUUCGGCCACAUGCUGGUCACCAAGAGCCGCGGCAUCGCGCCCCACCAGGUCGACUUCUUCACCGGCAAGGACAUCAUCGACCACGAGGAGGCCGUCUUCGUCGAGCAGAAGGCAGCCAAGGACGCGGCCGCCACGGGCUGGAGCAAGUUUUACAACCGCUACGUCUCUUGGUUGUUUUAG